GGAAGGAUGGUGUUGUCCCAGGCGGGUGGAGGGGGACAUUUGAGGAGCCAGGAGCUGCUUUUCCCUGAGCUCGUUUAUGGGGGUUGGGGGGCUGCAUAUCCCCGGUGGGGAUACCCAGUCCCUUCUGUGGGUUGGGGGCACCACCAGCAGCCAACAUCCUCAGCCCCUCCUGUGUUCCAGGGAGCAUGGUGGGCUGAGGAGGGGGUGCCUCCUGGGCACUGACGGGGCGAGAACACCCCAGCCUGUCUGGGGCAGCCACCCUUCGCCUUCUCUCCCUCCGCCCCCGCCUUCCUGCGUCUGGGUCUCAUCUUUCCGUCUCUCCACAUCUCUCGGGGGUCCUGUCCUGCAGAGUCUGGCUGCCUCUCUUGAGUCCCUUUCCCUGUGUCCCUGUUUCUCAGUCCCUUACUCGCACCUCUGUCCCUCUGGUUUCCUCUGUGCAUGGGUCUGUUCUGUGUCUUUUGGGGAUUCUGUCUCUAAGUCCUUGGUUUCUUUCUCUCUGCCUUCCUCUUUCACCAUCUGUGUGUGUGUGUGUCUCUGUCUCUCUCUCCCGUCUCUGCUCUCCUGUGUUUUUGUCUCUGUGGGUGUCUCCCUCUCUCUUCUCUGCCCCUCUCCCUCCUUCUCUCCAUCUCUGUAGGUAUGUGGUCUCUGUUUCUCUGUCUCUCUCUUCCCUGGUAGUGGGUUAACUCUCCUCCUACACACCUUCGUCCCGCCCCUGGCAAGGGGGAGACCUGGAGGAAGAAGAUUACCCCCACUCCACAGAGUGGGCUCCCCCAGAAGGUGCGGAGUCCCCCAAACUCCUCUCCCUUCUUCAGCUGAGCUCCCGCCCAUCCUCCCGGCCGGCUUGUGCCCCAUCCCUCCCCACCCCCCCCCCCCAGGACAGAGCUCCUCUCCUCUCCCCUGCCUUGUAUCUGGCAUUCUGAAGCCAGUCCUUCUUGCAGUCUAGCCUAUAUACCCUUUGUGGUGGACACUGCACCAGUCCCCCGAUCUUGCCUCCCCAUUCCUCUUCAUACAGACUGGGCCGGUCCUUCCUGCAGUCUGACUUCUGUACCUCUUUUGCCAUUUGUGCAUUGCUUGCUUCACUCGUCCGUUCCUUUGACAGUUACUGAGCACCUUUCCUACUCCAGGCACAGCACUAAGGUACUGGGUGAGUCAGGCCAGUCCUUUCUGCAGCCUCACCUCCAUCCCUCUCAUGGCAUACCAGCCUCAGAACUGUCUCUCAGUGGAGGUGACUCUCCAAAGCUACUUCCCCAUCCCUUGGGGGCUCUGAGAGGGCCCCUCUGAGUCUGGAGGUCCCUGGCCAGUGCAUCUUCUUCUUUCCUGGGGGAAGGGGGCCCCAGAGAAGCUGGGCGAGAGUGAGUGACCAGGGGAGAGGUGUGGGCCUAGCCUGUAGCCCAGGCUGUGAUGGGGUGAGGUCCUCAAGUAUCCAUGUGGGGCCCAGCUGGAUUUGGAAGAGCACCAGCUUAGCAGUCCUAUGCCUUGAGUUUCCAUCCUCCCCUGCCCCUGAUUUGAAGCUACUUGACCUGGCCAUGCUCUUUUCCCCUCCAGACCUCAAUUUACCCAUCAGGGUGUCAUAGCCCUGAGCACUGAGACUACGUGUGACCCCCAGGCUGGGACGUGGUGCUGGGAGAGCCUGGCUCACCCCUGGAGCAGUAAGUGGGUGUGUUUAGAAGCCUGUGUCCCCACCUCAGAAUCCCUCCGAGGGGUGGCGGGCAACCCUUGCCCCCACCAGAGCACAACCAGGAACCACCACCUCCCUUGCCAAUGUGAGGGACGUGAGGGAGGGAGGAGGUCCCACCUGGCAUACCGGACUGGACCCCCCCCCCCCCUUAUGCUUGCAGUCUCACUCUAGGAAGGAGGUCUCCGAGCCCCUGGGAGGCGCGGGAGGCGGACCCGGGGUGCUCACCACUGACCAGCUGGUCACCUGCCCACGAGGGUGGGGAGAGAUGCAGAGAUGCCACCAUCUGCCCUCCAGACUCCUACCCUGGCCUCAACCUGAUCCUUUUGCCCCUGGAUUCUAAAUCCAGCUUAGGUUUCAGGGCUGCUGGUGAAUGGAGAAGGCAUAGGCAGGCGCCUCCAGCAGAGGAAGCCCAGCUGGCCCGGCGGCAGGGCUCAGAGCUCUUGGUCCUUCGUUUCACAAAUAUUUAUCUAGUGCUUUCUCUCCCUGAUCCCUCCUCCCCUUAAGGCCUCAGUGAGAGAAAACCAGGUUUUUCAGGAAAAGAGAUUGAGCCAGGCUGCUUUGCCCAGCCCCUGGGCAAGGAGGGCAGGCGUGAGAACACCCAUUGGCAGACUCUGGUCUCCCUUGAGGACCGCAGCAGGAGGGACAGGUGGUUAGACUUGCAGGGCAAUUUCCAGGCCAUGGCCCUCCCAUGACAGAGGGAGUUUGAUGCUUGAGAUGAAUUCUUGACUCCCAGGUGGCCCUUGUUACUCCAGAAAGCCUGGGAGAAGGGAGGGAGAAGAGAGCAUGAGUCUUUGCUUUGGAUCCUGGUGGGUUUGUAAUUAUGCCUAAGUUGUUGCUAAUUAGGGGGCUGCUAAUUAGAUGUAUCAUUAGGGGCCUUGCUAAGGGGGCUAAUUGUGCAGUGGCCCUUUAAGAAUCCCCCUCUCCCCGCCCACACACACACACUCACACACACACUCCUCAGGGAAGUUCUGCCAACAUUCUGCCUCCCUCCCCCAGAGGAGCCAGCUCCCUGCCCGUGAGUACGUGGGCGUGUUUUGGGGGCAGGCUGUGGGUUAGACUCAGAGAAGAACUUUCGGACAGAAAUGCAAGUUACCGGGAGAACUGAGGCAAGACAGCGAUCAGGGAGGUGCAGGCUCAGAGGGCCCCUCCUUCUUCUGUCAGUCCCCCCCCUUUUUUUUUAUAGGCUACUGGGUUACCAAGGCAAUGCAAGAGUCGGGCAGGGGAACUGGGAGUUUGGGCCACUCUUGGAGAGAGAAAUGGAGCCAGAGUUGGUGCUGGAAGCUUUGAACGAGUUUUUGACCUCUGAGCCUUGGCCCUCUCCAUCAAGGAACGGGUUAGGGACUCCCCAUAGUGGGGUGGCGUCGUUUUGAAUGGAGAGCUCAGGAAGGUGAUGUCUGAGUGGAGAACUGGAGAAGAGAGGGUGAAUCAGUGGGGAUGAGUGACCCAGGAAGGGGGAACAACAGGGGCAAAGGCCCUGAGGCAAGAACUUGUCUAGUAUGUGAGGAACCUCGAGGUGGCUGGGGCCAAGCAAGCAAGGGGGAGGAGAUGAAGCCAGAGAGGGAACGAGGGGGGCAGAUCAUGUGAGACCUUAUGAGCCAGGGCGAGGGCUGUGGUACUCUGGCUGAGACUGAGUCGGGAGCCAUGGAGGGUUCUGAGCAGAGGAAGGAUGUGAACUGACUUGGGUUUUGGGUUUUUUUUUUUUUAAGAUUUCAUUUAUUUAUUUGAGAGAGGGAGAGCAUGAGCUGGGGGGAAGGGCAGUGGGAGAGGGAGAAGCAGACUCCUCGCUGACCACAGAGCCUGACACGGGGCUCAAUCCCAGGACCCCGAGAUCGUGACCUGAGCUGAAGGCAGACACCCCACCAACUGAGCCACCCAGGCGCCCCUGGUUUGCAUUUUUAAAGGGAACUGAGGCAAGACACAGAGAUAGCCUCUCAAACCCAGAAUCAGAGGCUGGAGAAGUAUUGAAACCGUAGAGACCCCAGAACCCACAAAUGAGACCAAAAGCCCAACACGGGGCCUCGUCAUAGCUGCUGAAGACCCGGGCACCUCACAGAGACAUAGUGGGUACUGGAGAGAGACACCUGCCGCCAUUGCAGGGAAAGAUGUGAGUGGGAGACCCUACAGCAGCCCCUUCCCAGCCCCGCUCAGACAGACAUCCCAGACCCCAAGCAGGAGCCCUCUGAGGGUCAAUUUGGAAACCAUUAGACUUACCUAAUGAAUUGAUGGCUUCCAGCCCCUCGCCUCACCCGCUAAAUUAUUCAGUCCGUGUUCUUUGGGGCCUGGCUUCAUUCCUCCCUCGUCUGUGGGAUUCGUCUGUGUGGCUGGGUGGGUCAGCAGCCCGUUCCCUUUCCAGGGCCCUAUAACAUUCCUCAGUGUGAGUGCUCCGUGCUGGGCUUCUCCAUUUACUGCUGAGAGGCAUCUGGGUUGUUUCAAGACGGGAGCUGUUAGACAUCCUCGGAUGUGUCUUUUGGCAGACACACGACCAAUGGCUCCCGGGUGCACGUGUACCUGGGAGGGGGACGGCUGAGUCCUAGGACACGGGAUGUUCAUCUCUAGUUCCCCAAGGUGGUGAGGGCAACGUGUACUCUCCUCUGUCUUUAUCUUUCUCUCUUAGUCUCUGUCUGGCCCUCUCUGUCUCUCUGCAUCUCCCUCUGCCCCCAUCCUCCUCCUAUCAGCCCUCUGCUUGUCCCCCAUGCUCUACCCCCAAGAAGCCUCGGCUCCUGGGCGAAUGGGAGGGGUCCGUGCCCCUCACCCACACUUCUUCCUCCUCCCCCACAGGACCCGACAUCCUCCAUGGCUCCCCUGGCCUUAGUGGGGUUUGCACUCCUCCUGGGGACGCCCCCAUGCUCAGGGGCAGCUACCCCAACCCCCUCCCUGCCGCCUCCCCCCGCCAAUGACAGUGAUACCAGCUCAGGGGGCUGCCAGGGCUCAAACCGCUGUCAGCCGGGGGUCCUGCUGCCCGUUUGGGAGCCCGAUGACCCGUCGCUGGGUGACAAGGCGGCGCGAGCUGUGGUCUACUUCGUGGCCAUGGUUUACAUGUUCCUGGGCGUGUCCAUCAUUGCCGACCGCUUCAUGGCGUCCAUCGAGGUCAUCACGUCAAAGGAGAAGGAGAUCACCAUCACCAAGGCCAACGGUGAGACCAGCGUGGGCACCGUCCGCAUCUGGAACGAGACGGUGUCCAACCUCACACUCAUGGCCCUGGGCUCCUCAGCCCCUGAGAUCCUGCUGUCUGUCAUCGAGGUCUGCGGUCACAACUUCCAGGCGGGCGAGCUGGGCCCGGGCACCAUCGUGGGCAGUGCUGCCUUCAACAUGUUUGUGGUCAUUGCUGUGUGCAUCUACGUCAUCCCAGCCGGUGAGAGCCGCAAGAUCAAGCACUUGAGAGUCUUCUUCGUCACUGCGUCUUGGAGUAUCUUCGCCUACGUCUGGCUUUAUCUCAUCCUUGCCGUCUUUUCCCCGGGUGUGGUCCAGGUGUGGGAGGCGCUGCUGACCCUCGUCUUCUUCCCGGUGUGCGUGGUGUUCGCCUGGAUGGCCGACAAGCGGCUGCUCUUCUACAAGUACGUGUACAAGCGCUACCGCACCGACCCGCGCAGCGGCAUCAUCAUCGGCGCCGAGGGCGACCCCCCCAAGAGCAUCGAGCUGGACGGCACGUUCGUGGGCUCCGAGGUGCCGGGCGAGGUGGGCGGCCUGGGCCCGAGCCCCGCCGAGGCCCGCGAGCUGGACGCCAGCCGCCGCGAGGUCAUCCAGAUCCUCAAGGACCUCAAGCAGAAGCACCCGGACAAGGACCUGGAGCAGCUGGUGGGCAUCGCCAACUACUACGCGCUGCUGCACCAGCAGAAGAGCCGCGCCUUCUACCGCAUCCAGGCCACGCGGCUGAUGACGGGCGCGGGCAACGUGCUGCGGCGACACGCGGUGGACGCGUCGCGCAGGGCCUCCCCCGCCGAGGGCCCCGGCGAGGACGAGGACGACGGCGCCAGCCGCAUCUUCUUCGAGCCCAGCCUCUACCACUGCCUGGAGAACUGUGGCUCGGUGCUGCUGUCGGUCACCUGCCAGGGCGGGGAGGGCAACAGCACCUUCUACGUGGACUACCGCACCGAGGACGGCUCCGCCAAGGCCGGCUCCGACUAUGAGUACAGCGAGGGCACGCUGGUGUUCAAGCCGGGCGAGACACAGAAGGAGCUGCGCAUCGGCAUCAUAGACGAUGACAUCUUUGAGGAGGAUGAACACUUCUUCGUGCGGCUGCUGAACCUGCGCGUGGGCGACGCGCAGGGCAUGUUCGAGCCCGACGGCGGCGGGCGGCCCAAGGGACGGCUGGUGGCGCCACUGCUGGCCACCGUCACCAUCCUGGACGACGACCACGCGGGCAUAUUCUCCUUCCAGGACCGCCUGCUGCACGUGAGCGAGUGCAUGGGCACCGUGGACGUGCGCGUCGUGCGCAGCUCGGGCGCGCGGGGCACCGUGCGCCUCCCGUACCGCACGGUGGACGGCACGGCGCGUGGCGGCGGCGUGCACUACGAGGACGCGUGCGGCGAGCUGGAGUUCGGCGACGACGAGACCAUGAAAACUCUUCAGGUAAAGAUAGUUGAUGACGAGGAAUAUGAGAAAAAAGAUAAUUUCUUCAUCGAGCUGGGCCAGCCGCAGUGGCUUAAGCGAGGGAUUUCAGCUCUGCUGCUCAAUCAAGGGGAUGGGGACAGGAAGCUGACAGCCGAGGAGGAGGAGGCUCGGAGGAUAGCGGAGAUGGGCAAGCCAGUUCUUGGGGAAAACUGCAGGCUGGAGGUCAUCAUCGAGGAGUCAUAUGAUUUUAAGAACACGGUGGAUAAACUCAUCAAGAAAACCAACUUGGCUCUGGUGAUUGGGACCCAUUCCUGGAGAGAACAGUUUUUAGAGGCCGUUACAGUGAGCGCAGGGGACGAGGAGGAGGAGGAGGACGGGUCCCGGGAGGAACGGCUGCCUUCCUGCUUUGACUACGUCAUGCACUUCCUGACGGUGUUCUGGAAGGUGCUAUUCGCCUGUGUGCCCCCCACUGAGUACUGCCACGGCUGGGCCUGCUUCGGCGUCUGCAUCCUGGUCAUCGGCCUGCUCACCGCGCUCAUUGGGGACCUGGCCUCCCACUUUGGCUGCACCGUUGGGCUCAAAGACUCUGUCAACGCUGUAGUCUUCGUGGCCCUGGGCACCUCCAUCCCCGACACGUUCGCCAGCAAGGUGGCGGCGCUGCAGGAUCAGUGCGCGGACGCGUCCAUCGGCAACGUGACGGGCUCCAACGCCGUGAACGUGUUCCUGGGCCUGGGCGUGGCCUGGUCGGUGGCCGCCGUGUACUGGGCGGUGCAGGGCCGCCCGUUCGAGGUGCGCACCGGCACGCUGGCCUUCUCCGUCACGCUCUUCACCGUCUUCGCCUUCGUGGGCAUCGCCGUGCUGCUCUACCGGCGCCGGCCGCACAUCGGGGGCGAGCUGGGCGGCCCGCGCGGCCCCAAGCUCGCCACCACCGCGCUCUUCCUGGGCCUCUGGUUCCUCUACAUCCUCUUCGCCAGCCUCGAGGCUUACUGCCACAUCCGGGGCUUCUAGCCCCGCCCCCCGCCCCGCCCCCGCCCCGCCCCCGAGGCUCGGCGGCCCCUGCUCUGGACCCGCGUCUCCUCUGUCCUCCAGAGAUUCGGCCUCCUCUCCUGGGACUCAGCCUCCCUUCCUCCCGGGAACUGGUAGCCCCGCCCUCUGUCCCCACUGACACCCUCCUCCCUUCCCCUCGGGAGUCUCCCCGAGGUGCCCGCAACUGCAGCCCAUCCCUGUUAGUCACUGCCCACACCCCUGGGGACAUUUGCACCUCGAGGCCCCUCCCUAGAGGACCGCCCCCUACCCAGUGACCUUCUAGAGAAUCUACCAUCGGUCUCUCUAGACACCCAGCCUUUCCCUAUCCUUUACGAUCCCCUUCCUCGAGAGGAUCCCCCCACCACCACCACCACCAGGGACCUGUGCCCCAGGGCCUCAGAACCUAGCCCUCCCUGGGGGACCUUUGAAGGAGGCUGAUCCAUCCCAGGAUGUCUCCGCUCUCAGCCCUUCUCCCCAACCCUCAGGGAGCUCUGUUCAGCCCCCGGGGGUGGGGCGGAGGAACAGGUAGGUGCGUGCAUAACGGGGCCACACCUUCCCUGAUUUCUCCACUCAGGCCCUUGGGAGGAUACUAAUUCUCGAGGCUUGGAGAAGGGAGGGGAGAAGUUUGGGGUUUCAGAGCUGGAGGAGGCACAUUUGAACCUGCAACUUCUCACAUUCCAGUGCCCCCACUUGCCUCCACUACCUCUGAGAGCCCAGCCACGCCUUGAAAGGGGGAGGGGGCUGUGUGUAUAUAU